AUGCCUGAGCUGCUAAACAUAGCAAGAGCUCGCAACCAUGUUUUAGUAAACGGUUCUUCUGUUUUUGACGCUAUGGUCCCCUAUUCUUAGGCCACGACAGCAAAUCUUGUUUCUUUCCAUGCCCACCUGACCAAAAGCAGCAAUUUUUCACGCAUUCUCUUCCUCCUCCCCCCUGACAACUCAUCCAACGACAUUGACCACCUCUCUCUGCAGUUUUCUCUGCUGCCAGCCAGGUGAAUACCUCUUGGGCUUGAGAUAUUGAUUUGGGUCCAGAUCAUCGAGGAGCCAUUGAUAGAUUGCAAAAGCUAGCUGUCUGGGAGAUGGUGGUGGAUGAAGGGAUGUGCUGCUAGCAGAAAUGGUGAUCGGGAGCAAAUGUGGGUUGAUGAUUCUCGUACCAGAAGCAUUGUUUGAUACGAUUUUGAUCAGCUGGCGGGAGAGGAAACAUGUCAUCGGAAUCGGAUCAAGCCCCCUCGCCAAGCUCGCCCUCGUCGUCGUCGUCGUCGUCGUCAGGAAAUGGUUCCAACAAGGCGCCUCCGCCGGAAGAGUCUGAUAAUUCGAGCAGCAAUGGGUCGUCGUCGUCUAGCCCGACACCUCCUUCGUCGCAGAGCUCCGACUCCGACUCCGGAGGAGGCUCGAGUUCGCCGUCACAAGGCUCGUCCUCGCCUAGCCCGCCUCCGCCGUCGGGGAGCUCUUCCGAGUCGCAUUCGUCUCCACCGCCGGCGCCGCCCCAGUCUUCUUCUUCUUCUUCUUCUUCUUCUUCGAGUGGUGGAGGUUCCAAGUCUUCGCCGGAGGCACCGUCUCCGCCAUCCGAGUCAUCUGGAAAUGGUGGCGGUGGCGGCGGCGGCGGCCGCUCCUCGCCGCCGCCAAACUGGUCGCCCCCUCCGCAGCAGCAGCAGCAGCACCAGUCCGGAGGCUCAACUCCAUCACCUCCUCCGUCUCCGUCCUCUAACCAGCCACCGCCAUCGAGUGGCUCGUCAGCGUCAUCGUCGGAACCAUCUCCGCCUCGCUCAUCGCCGCCGCCAUCGCCGCCGCAAUCAAGUGGCGGCAAUAAUGGCCAACCGCCUAAACCUUCCGGCGGGCAGCAGCAAGCUCCUCCGCAGUCACCUCCGUCGGCGGCGAACCAGUCGGUGGUGUUCAUUCCCGUCCCGGUGGCGUCGAACAGCCCUCCCGGAAUGCUGCCGCCACCGCAGGUGAUCGACGCCACGCCCUCCGGCGCCAUCUCGUCGACCAACUUCCCCGGAGGAAGAAACAGCACGGCGGGCUCCUCCAACACUUCAUUGUCACAGCAGCAACACACAACCGUAAGCUCGACGGCCCAGGCCAGCAGCAGCGGCCACAUAGCCGCCGCCAUCGCCGGCGCCGCGGUCACGGGCCUCCUGUGUGCCAUAGUGGCCAUCUACCUCAUCGUGUCGAGCCGGAGGAAGAAGAAGAUGGAUGGGCUGGUCUACCACUACGAUGGCAACAACUACUUCGUGCCAUCGUCUCAGUUUGGCGGGUCAAGCCGCAACCACCACCCACCACCGUCGGCGAUUAUGCUCAACUCCGGUGGGGCGUCAGCGGACGGCGGCGGGUACUACAAUUCGGGGACAUUCUCGGGCGGAGAGGGGACAGGGCCGGCGGGGUCCAAGUCGCGGUUCAGCUACGAGGAGCUGACGGGGAUCACCAGCAACUUCUCGCGGGACAACGUGAUCGGCGAGGGCGGGUUUGGGUGCGUGUACAAGGGGUGGCUAAGCGACGGCAAGUGCGUGGCCGUGAAGCAGCUCAAGGCCGGGAGCGGGCAGGGGGAGCGGGAGUUCCAGGCGGAGGUGGAGAUCAUCAGCCGCGUCCACCACCGCCACCUCGUCUCCCUCGUCGGCUACUGCAUCGCCGCGCACCACCGCAUGCUCAUCUACGAGUUCGUUCCCAACGGCACCCUCGAACACCACCUUCAUGGCCGUGGCAUGCCAGUGAUGGACUGGCCGACGAGGCUGCGGAUUGCCAUUGGUGCAGCCAAGGGGCUAGCAUACCUACACGAGGACUGCCACCCGCGGAUUAUCCACCGGGACAUCAAGACCGCCAAUAUCCUACUGGACUACUCGUGGGAAGCACAGGUACGCAUAUACAGUACAUCGAUCUCCCCAGCCAGCUGCCAUCUUCAAUUCAAAGUUCCAUGGUGUUUGAUGCUUCCAUCCAUGGUGGCGCAGGUGGCAGACUUUGGGCUUGCGAAGCUGGCGAAUGAUACGCACACUCACGUGUCGACGCGCAUCAUGGGCACCUUCGGGUACCUAGCGCCAGAGUACGCCUCCAGCGGCAAGCUCACGGACCGCUCCGACGUCUUCUCCUUUGGUGUCGUCCUACUGGAGCUCAUCACCGGCCGCAAGCCGGUUGACCAGACGCAGCCCCUCGGAGAGGAGAGCCUCGUCGAAUGGGCACGACCAGUGCUGGCGGAUGCGGUAGAGACGGGUGAUCUCAGUGAGCUGGUUGAUCCACGGCUAGAGGGCGCAUACAACCGCAAUGAGAUGAUGACGAUGGUGGAAGCAGCGGCCGCAUGUGUUCGCCACUCCGCUCCCAAACGGCCGCGGAUGGUGCAGGUGAUGCGGGUACUAGAUGAGGGGAGCAUGACGGACCUUAGCAAUGGGAUCAAGGUGGGGCAGAGCCAAGUGUUCACUGGUGGCAGCGACGCUGCUGACAUCCAGCAACUCCGUCGUAUCGCAUUCGCCUCCGAGGAGUUCACCGGAGAGUUUGAGCAGAGAACAACCAACUCCAACUCUGAGUCGCGGCCGAUGAAUCGGAUACCAGAGUAAUAACGCCUUGUAUGUUUUGAAGUGCUUAGCACCGGUGCAAUUACGUGAUAAGGGUGACAACAAGAGGUGAGUCCAUAUAGAACUGAACUGAACUCAAAAACACAUGUAGGAAAUUCAGGGUUUUGGGUCUAAUUUUCGGCAGUUUGUACUUAUGUACUUCAAAACCCUUUUGCACAUGGAGGACAUUCAAUCAAGUGAUAAAGAUAUAGGGAAAUCAGUCUAUUAGGAUCCAUAAUGGUUUGCUAAGCACAUACCAUCAGCAUGAUGAUUUCUUAAGUUUGGUGACCC